CUACUGCUGUUGCAUGCGUGUAAAUGUAGCCUAUUUUUUUGUUUUCGUUCCAUCCACGAGCUCCGAUGCAGCAGUGUAACUUUGUUUUGCCUUCUCUCUCAACUUCGGCUAGAGCCUCGCCAGCCACAAAAUGUUUGAAGUUUACAACACCUGUAAAGCGCGUCGUCUACCAGAACUUUGUUCUCGCAUGGCUCCUCGUGCUUCUAGCAGCUACCAUCACGACGACCUCUAAUUUGCGCCAGCUAUUUGCAACCGCGCAAAGCACCACCAACAACGCUCCCGGGUUCGUAUGCAACUCCAACACCACCCACAGUGCGGGUGCGCCGGUGGUUUCCGACUGUAAUUUUCUCGGGGACACCGCCAACACCAACCGCUACUAUGGCCGGUUCUUCGAAAACACGGAGGGGGCGAAGGGCUCGACAAAGCGGCAAGCGCAGAUCCAGAUCGUGCUCCAGGGGAGGACACGGCUCCUUGGCUACCGGCUCGGCUGUGUGUCCGAUGGCUUUCCAAAAGAGUGGGCGAUCUACGACGACACUGGCGCAAAAAUCGACGAGCGCACGGCCGAUGCGGUUUGUGAUCCGCAGAAAACGUACACGAUUACGAACGGGGAAAGCCAUGCCCAGUCUCUGGUGUACUACCUCGAAGUCACGAAAGUGGCCGUGAGUUUGAAUUUACCGAGUCCACCCGUCUCUCACGUACUGCAGCUCACCCAUAUUGCUAUCGAUGUGGACAAAUACUUCGGGGUGUCGACCGGCCCGUGGGGCGAGUGCUCCGCCGCCUGCGCGGGGGGGACGCAAACGCGGACGGCCUACUGCGGACACGUGUUUACCGGGCAGGAGCGGGCGGCGCAGUUCUGUGGCUUUCAGAACGGUGAAGCGGAUCUGGAUCCCUUCCGGUCCCAGGCGUGCAACGAGCAGCCGUGCUACUGCCGCGGGACCUGCUUGGAGCAUGCGAAGACGUGCACGGCGUCCUACGCGUCCACGCCGGCCUUGGGGUGUCAAAUGGUUUUUUUCAAGGGCUCGGCCAGCAAAACCGCCAUGACGUGGUACGGGCGGAUCCACGCGAAUGCGGGCACGAUCAAUGCCGAGGGGGUACUGGACUCCGUGAGUGUGAAGCCCUACUAUCCGUCGGCCUUGAUUGGUAGCUACAGUCUGGCCCUGCGCACCGGAGCCGACACCGCGUUCACGCCAAGCGCCUGGCGGCUGUUCGCAGGUCCCCCCGAUUUCAGUGCGGGGGACACCAGCUACGCUGGCUUGACGCUCGUCGACCUGGUCUCCAAUUCCGGUCCGAAUUCGGGGAAAUGGAACACGGUGGAGCUCGGGGACGCACCGAGUUACGGGUCUAGUGGCACCAGCAGGGCCCGGCGGAGGCUAACGUCGCACACGGCGGAGUAUGCCAUUUUCGAUAUUGGCAGCGCGAGGGACACAAAGGAGAAGCUAGAGGCGCUUUUGUCGACCGCCUACCCGGCAGGAAAUGCGGCGCCGGCAGGACUCGUGGUCCCCGCUACCGCAGACAUAACCAACGCAAACCGGUGGGGUUACUACCGGAUUGAGUUUUUGUCGGCCGGAGACGUCACAUACGCCGCAUCGCAGAAGCUGCAGCCAAAUUCGUAUCCUGUGCAGGUAUGUACAUCAACACCUACUUUUUGGCGUAUACAGAUGCACAAGUGAGUGAACGAAGGAGAAGUGAGUUGCUACUACAGCUGCCAGAGAAUUCUUGACUGCUGACUUAUGCAUGCAUUAUGCACAACGAGCCAUUUGUUGAAAUUCAUGGAUUUGACAGGUUGCUCUCUCCGAGUUUGACACUUUUUUACGGGGAUCAACCUUCGCAAUCAGUCUCGGCUCGUGGUCUACCUGCAGCAAGUUUUGUGGCGGCGGUAUUCAAACGCGGACCGUGCGGUGUCUGGGCAGAGAAGGAGGCGAAUACGCUUAGUAACUUGCUAUUGCUACUUAAUCGUAAAAAUGUUUUCGUGGUUUUUCACGUUCACGCUCAUUAUACAUCAGAAGAUCCAUUGAAGUUGUCACAUUCCUCGUGUUUCUGGAGCGCUGUUGAAAGAAAUCCAGAGAUGAGUACUUAUCGGUGGAAAAAAAAAUCAGUCGCCGUUGUCCCGAUUACCAGCCAGCGCUGCACAAUCCGGAACAAGCUUGCAACACAGCAGCCUGUCCUCAGCCGGGGCAGAUCGCCCAGGUCGAGAUCCAGGGGAAAACGCGGUACGACGUUCUCUCAUUGAAGGUAAGCAUCGGAAAUCCCGGCGGCACGCUGGUUUGCGCAGCCUACAGCCAGGACGAGAAUCUGGUCAGUUUUCCCACCGAGGCAGCUUCGCAAACCAGUGCCGCCGCGGACAUGAGCAGCAACUUGUUGCGGAAGCAGCGCGUGUCGCAGAGCUGCGUCCCGCCAAACUGCCUGCUCGACCUCCCGGAGCUCCCGCAGAACCGUACGCAGCGCAUCUUCUGCGGAGUGGAGGACAUUGCUGGCACCCUGCACAUCCAGUACGAGCACGAGGAGAAGACGUUGCGCGGCCCGGUCCUGCAGAAACAGCCGGACGGGGGGACCGGUUGCUACCGCGAACAUCUAGUGCGGAGGGACCUUCCGCACCGGCGGAACGCAACAGACAAGCCGGACGGCCUGAGGCACACCGAGGGCGAGUGCGCCAUGCUCUGUGAGGACUUUCACUACUUCGGCCUGCAGAUGAUGGGCGAGUGCCGGUGCGGCAACAACACACAGAGGAAAUACGGGAAAGGAAGGUAUGUCGAUUUCGCAUUAGAAGUUUUGGUUUUGGAAAUCCGGAAGCAGCAGAUCCGAUUCAUCUGCAUAAUAUACGAUUCAAAAACCGAGCUUUUUCCAUUUGCAACUCGAGUCAACAUGAUCCCUUCUUGUUCCAGGUAUGUCGGCGCCAUGAGUGGUGGGUGUGACUGCGACGGGCCGAUCUACGGCUACAACGUGCAGUGUGUGUGGGAACAGAUUCCGCCGUUGAUCGAGCGGUUUGAUGCCGGCGAGGGACGGACGUGGGCGAGCAAAAUCCGGCUCGCCAUGGCGCUGCACCAACAGGAAUUUAUCAACGCCGGCGGGCGCCCCAACGUCCACUGCGUGGUCACCUCCGCGAAAAACGUUUUGACUGGGUCGCAGGUCCUCGAUCUGUCCCCCGCCACGCUGCCCAUCCGCACGCGGUCCGUGCAGUGCUUCGACCUGGGCAAGCCGUGUGAACUGGAGUUUGACCAGCAGAUUGUGCAGCCAAACACGGAAUACAACUUUGCUUGUCAGGAGGAGGACUCGGACUUUCGGCACGAGCCCCGCCAUAUCCGGUACCACACGACCACCACGAAUCAGAUCGCCAUGGCUUUCGAACCCUCUUUCGGGAUUCUGUCCACCACGGAGGCGUUCGCGACCAUAUCCAUCCGCAACCUCGACUGGCGCGCGAUCCAGUACCAGUGCUUUUUGCAGCCACAGGACGGGGACACCAGCAGCGGGAGCUUGAGCUCAACCGACACGAGCGGGGUGCGCGGGUCCGACCGUGCGUUCUGCCCGUACACGCAAGACUGUGUGGCGCGGAUCAACGAUCUGGAGCACGGGCGCACGUACGAUCUGUUCUGCGAGGUGCAGUCGGGGACGAUGCGGGCCAAGAUUGCGCCGGGCCAGGGACCGGGGGUGGCGUUCCAGCCGAAGAGGUACGAACUGAAGGACUGGUACAAAGACGCUAACAUCAUGGCCGACCAAAUGACGACCGCCCCGGCGGCCACAGCCACACCGCAAAUCGUCCGUCGGCCGCGGUCCGCGCCCAGCGACAGCGAGCGGGUGGCCGGCGGUUUUAUCGCCGGGAUGCUGGCGCUCGGGGUUCUGUUCGUCGCGGCGGGCUGGUUCGCGUCGGCCGGCUGCCGCGGGCAAUACGACGAGCUGGCGUUUCCGUCCACCCUGACCAUGCGCCAGCGCGUCGCCAUGAGCGUGUUUGAGUUUCUCCAGUACUACGAUUUCAUCAGCGACGCGGUUUUGACAAAAAACAUCUGCCGCAUCAGCGGCGACGACGUCACGGAGUUUGUCAACAACGUGCAGCACUUUUCCGCCGUGCUGAUCAUCUGGACCAGCUGCGUCUUCGGGUGGAGCGUGUUCCGCUUAGGAUUGUACCCCAUGUUUGUGGACAAUUACGGCAGUCGCCGGUAUUGGAACUACAACAGCCGGCGGAGCAAACGGCCGGAGUGCGGGGCGUACUUGCUGUUCGUCUUCCCAGCGUCUGUUUUCGCGCCCUUGGCGAUGGGCAGCGGCCUGUCGGGCGCAGCGGACAACGCGACGGGCGUCAAUCCCGGCUCAUCUACUUCGGGUGGCGGAAAAGACGGCGAGGAGACAACCGAGGAGACCAUGUGGCGCAUGUUUUACGGCAAGCGGUUCUUCCGGAAUUUCUUGAGUUUAGUGGAGGACUUUGGGUUCGUGAUUGUUUGCUUGCUGGUACUGAUGUCCAGCGACAUCGACUUGAAAAAGGGCGGCGCGGUAGUGCAGCCGGACGACGUGGCGCACUCCUUUACCUCCAGCAUGGUGAUGGUGGUGUACGCGCACCUCGUGCUGCCCGUUUUGAUGAGCGCCGGAACGACGCCGGGUCGCGGCGAGCCGGGCAGCGGGUUGAUGCUGCCGCGCACGGUGGCGAUGAUCCCGAAGGCGAUGAUGGUGCCGACGAACUACAUCGAGCAAGUGGAUUCCGACGCGGAGCCGCCACCAGCCAGUGUCAGCAAGCCGCCGGGAGAAUCUUCUUUAGGGAUAGCGAGAAGUCUGAAGGAUAGCAACUACUCCACCUCCGCGUACUCAGGAAAUACGAAAACGAAGGCGAAGAUGAACAAGCCCCAGAUCGUGCGCGUUGACUUCACGAGCUCGUCCGCGUCGAGCGACGACAAUGAUACCAGUAGGCAAGGGACAAAAACUUCAACUUCUGGUAGAACAAUAAACGCAGGAGGAGCUGCGUCGAAGAUAGGUUUCGCAAAUCCCAAAAGCAGUAGUUCUGCUUCGACUUCCGGUGGGUUGAAGGCGACGGCCAAAGUGCUUGCAAGUGAAUCGGGAGUAGACCCGGAGGGGAACAACCUGCCGUUCAUGGUGAAGAAGAAAAACCCCAUGCUGCAAGUACCGUCGAGGCGGAACAGCGAGUUUUCUGACGUGUCGCCGUCAGAGGGAAAGUUUACCAGCAACAGCCCGGUUCGGCGAAACAGCUGGCGUGCUCCCGGAGCCAUGCCCAAUCCGAAGAAGCCACCAAAGUUAAACUUCGGAAUGGAGCGGGCGACGUGAUGCACAUGAUAAAUCGUCCUCGCACGUGAUACGAUAUCGCUGAACUUUUUUUGCACAAAUGAUGCUUCUACCCAUCAUACAUUAGCCUGCCAGAUAAGAAGUUCUUUGGCUCUGAAAUGGAAUCUGAAUGGUUGUCAACAUCCUUUUCCUUGACACAAACGCGCAUCUCCAAGAACUCUACCCUUAGAAGGAAUGGCAAU